AUGUCCUCGCUUAGUACUCUAGGAGUUGCACUUCUUUCUCAGAUUUCCGCCUGUCUUGCAGGAUCACCAUCACCUGUUGACACCACCCCCUUACUUCGCAUCUUUCAUCCCUCUUCCCGAUCUCUCAAUAUCAGCCCUCGUCAAGCUGAUGAUGGUGCAGAAGGUGAUGCCAACACCAAUUUGGAUGAAGACCAUGUUGCCGAUGUUGAUGAACAGCCUGGUGACGAGGCCCUGUUGUUGCUCCUGCUAGAGUUCAUUGCAUCAGGCAAGGAUCGUGUACCUGAUGGGUACAUCACUGAUGCAAAUGGUUCGCUUCGCAUUGAUACAGCUGCUGACAUGUUCGAAGAAGUUGUUGUCGCUGGAGAACCUGAGGUCUUUGGGAGAGGAAAGCGGAGGCGUCUUGCUAACAAGCAAUACAAUGCAUACGAGCAGCAUUAG